AAUGCAGCUCAAAAAUUAGCAAGUGAUUUAUUCUAUAAUUAUAAGCAAAUUAGUGAUAAACAAAUAAAGAAACAGCUUAAGACAUUGUUAGAAAAUGAUAAAGAAUGUUCAGAAAAACUACAAAAAUUAAAAGACAAAGAGGUGUCAUUUAACAAAUUUUGGAGUAAAAAACUUUAUUUUGAAUAUAUUUUUGUUUCUAAUGAUGAACAUACUCAGGCCAAUGCAGUUUGGACUCAAGCCAUAUUAAAAACUAUAUUCGAUAAAGACUAUGUUUCUCCUAAGAUCAAUGCUGAUUAUGUUGAUAUGUGA